AUGCUUCCUCAAAGAUCGUAUAAUAAUAAAUCUCAAAGAUCAUACAAUAGCAGGCCUCAAAGAUCAUAUAAUAACAGGCCUCAGAGACCCUUCAAGUUUCAAAGAUCACCUACUAACAAGUUUCAAAGACCGUAUAGUCAAAGAUCACCUGAAUAUAAUACAUAUAAUAACUCUUCAGAUUUUUAUCGUUCCGGUACAAAUUUCAAGGGAAAUCAUUGGAGUCAUCGCGGCACUUUUAAGGGAAGAGGUGGUAAUUAUCAUCAUCAUCAUCCCAAUUUCGACGGACAUUCUUAUUAUCACCAGAGUCAAAACGGGUCAGCACAUUAUGAAAAUAAAUAUGGAUACAAGAAAUAUACACCACCUUCUAGAAACCCAAGCAAAUCUCAUUUCUUAUGA